AUGUCUGCUCCCGGAAGCUCCACCCUUCGUAAGAAGAGAAAGAUUGCCGUGCUGGGCUCUCGCUCCGUCGGCAAGUCGUCGCUGAUUGUGCGAUACGUCGAGGACGCCUUUGUCGACUCGUACUACCCCACCAUUGAAAACAUCUUCCAAAAGACCAUCACGCACAAGGGUCAGGAAUACGACUGCGACAUCAUCGACACGGCAGGUCAGGACGAAUACUCGAUCCUCAACUCGAAACACGCCAUCGGCAUUCACGGCUACAUGCUUGUUUACAGCAUCGCAUCGCGCAACAGCUUCGACAUGGUUCAGACCGUCUACGAUAAGAUCCUCAAUUACACCGGCACCGAAUCCGUCCCUUGCGUCAUCGUCGGCCAGAAGAGCGAUCUGCACGUACAGAGGCAGGUCUCCGAGGCUGAGGGCAAGCAGCUUGCUGCCGAGCUCAAAGCGGCUUGGAUUGAGGUCAGCGCACGACACAAUGCCAACGUCGCAAAGGCCUUCGAGGCCAUGUUGGGCGAGACGGACAAGGGCACACAGGAGGGCGGUCCCGAACCACAACCGAGCAAGUGCAUCGUCAUGUGA